AUGAAGUCAUUCUCAGUUCUCCUCUUGACCGCCAGCCUGGUCUCGGCCGCCGCCGUCCCCGGUGCCAUCGUUGACCGCUCCACCGGCGUUGGCCAUGUUUCUGCUGCUGUCCAAGUCCGCGACACCACCCUCCCCGCUACCAGCCUUCUCUUUGAUGACGAUGAGGAGGAAGAGGAGGAAGAGUUCUCUGUUGCUCCUAUUACUGCCCGCGCCGAGGAGGCUCAACCGGCCCAGAACGGCACUGCUCCGGAGCAGGGCAAGGAUGGCAAGAACGGAAAGGGCCAGGAGGGCCAGCAGGGCCAAGAGGGUCAGAAGGGUCAGGAGGGCCAGAACAACGAGAACCAGGGACAGAACCAGAACGGUCAGGAAAAGGGUCAGAACCAGGAUCAGAACCAGAACCAGGGCCAGAACCAGAACCAGAACCAGAACCAGAACAACCAGGAUCUCAUCAACCAGCUUCUGCAGAACGGCAACCUGAACCAGGGUAUUCUUAACCCCUGGCUGGUCAGCAACAUUGGUCAGCUUGGUCUCGGUGGCCAGUCCAUCAACAUUGGCAACCUGAACAGCAUCUCUCUUGCCCAACAGAUUGCCCUCGUCUCUCAGGUCCAGCAGCUGCAGACUCUCCAGCAGCUGCAGCUCAUCGGCCAGCCCCAGAUCAUCACGGUCCUGAACCAGGGCUUCGUCAGCAAUGGCGCCACUAUCGGUAAGCACAGUCCUCUCUUGCGCGUCAAUUACUCUUUUUCGGUUACUAAUAUUGAACUAGCCAUCGUUAAUUAA